CCUCCAGUAGGCGCGUGGUCUACGGGUGUAGACCAGCCUUUUUUAAAAUGUCGCCAUUCUCAGAAAAACAUUUUUUUUUCGCCAUCCUUCACAAUAGCUGUAGAUAAUUAGUUGCUCUACCUAAUUAGUAUCCUAUUUGUUCGCGGAGGGGACGGACGUCAAUUUUAAAAGUGUUCAAAUUCUCUUGGUCUACGAUCGUAGACCACGCGCCCACUCGUGUUACAAAAUUAUUUUUUUUUCAUUUUUGAAAUUGUAAGGAGGGAAUGUAAAUUUGAAGCUACUUUUAUUUUAAAAUUGUUAAUUUAAUACAGAUUAUGGCUUCAACUAGCGCAGGAAACAACUUUUGGCUCGGUGACCUGUCGAGUGGCGAGGAAAGUCCGUUUAGCGAUGAGGAAGAAAAUUAUGAUGUAAGUAUGAGUGAAGAUGGUGAACAAAGCGAACACAACACUGAAACUGAGCAGGAGUGGUCUGAAUCAGACGAUGAUAAUUCCCCACAAGAGUCAAAUGAUAGAUAUUUUAUUGGGAAAGACAAGACGACAAAAUGGAAAAAAGCGAGACCCAAUCUUCAGACGCGAGUACGAUCGGAAAAUAUAAUAAAACUCCUUCCUGGAACUAAAGGCGACGGUCGUCACGCCAAAACUGAAAUUGAAUGCCUCAAUUUAUUCAUAAACGACGCUGCCAUCGGAGUUGUUACACACUGCACAAACAUAUGGAUUGAAAAAAAUAGAAAUCAUUUCCAGAGAGAUCGCGACGCAAGAAAUACGAAUGAAACGGAGAUUCGUGCUGUUAUUGGAAUUCUCUUUUUGAUUGGAACUUUCAAAAGCUCGAGGAAAAACACACACAAGAUAUGGGACAACGCAAGAGGAAGCGGAAUCGAAGCUUGUUAUCUCGCAAUGAGUGAAAAGAGAUUUCGAUUCCUUUUGCGGAGUUUGAGAUUUGACGACUAUCGGACAAGAGAUGAAAGAAAAGAAAUCGACAAAUUAGCACCAAUCAGAGAGCUGUUUGAAAUUUGUUUGAAUAACUUUCAAAAUAAUUUUAUUCCGAGUGAAUAUCUAACAGUAGACGAACAAUUGCUAGCUUUCAGAGGACGAUGUGCAUUCAAGCAGUACAUACCUAGCAAGCCAGCAAAAUAUGGUAUAAAAACGUUUGCUUUAGUUGACGCAAAAACUUUUUACACUUUAAAUCUUGAGCCAUACGUUGGUACCCAACCAGACGGCCCUUUCAAAUUCAAAAAUAAUGGUGAAGAUAUUACGCUGAGAAUGGUACAACCCGUUGAAGGGACAAAAAGAAAUAUAACGGGAGAUAAUUGGUUUACCAGCCUUUCACUUGUCAAUAAGCUGAAAAAUAAAAAACUAACAUACACUGGAACUAUUCGGAAAAAUAGACGUGAGGUUCCUUCCGAGUUUUUACCAAAAAAGAAUAGAGAGGAGUAUACAUCAAUUUUUGGAUUCCAAGAAAACUGCACAAUUGUGUCCUACUGCCAAAAAAAAAAUCGUUCAGUAAUAUUGUUGUCUUCAAUGCAUAACGACGAUGCAAUCGACUCGAGUACUGGUGAUCAAAGAAAACCGGAGAUGAUAACGGACUAUAAUCAUACAAAAAUUGGUGUGGAUAUGGUGGAUCAACUUUGCCAAAACUACGAUGUUUCAAGGAAUACCCGCCGGUGGCCCAUGGUCAUAUUCUAUGAUCUACUAAAUAUUUCUGGCAUAAAUGCGCUUUGUAUAUAUAAGUCAAACAAUCCCGAAAAAGUUAUAAAACGAAGCAAUUUCAUAGAACAGUUUGCCUGGGAACUGAUCCGGCCACAAAUUCAAGUAAGGUCAACAGUUCUGCAAUUGCCAAGGGUAACGCGCCAAAGAGCUCUUACGCUUUUAGGGAUUGAUGCAGUAAUUCAACCCUCUAUCCCGGCCACAACUGCAUGCUACGUUGGACGUUGUGCAAUUUGUCCACGAAAUAAAAAUAAGUCUUCUAGAGUGAGGUGCGCAAAAUGUGGGAAAUUUGCUUGUAAGGACCACUUGAAAAGUGUAUGCACAGAUUGUGAUUUUUAA